AAAAAAAAAAAAGACAGAGAAUCACCAGACACAGAUUUCGAAAAGUUUCAAAUUUUGAAAACUUCACCCAGCCGCUCGCAGCUCCCAAAAAGAACAAUCCGCGCUUCUUCCUUCUCUCACUUUUUUUUUUUUUCCUGGGAUUCGCCAUUUCUACCCAGCCGCCCAACUCCUGGACACGGUACACAGACCUCACUACUCAGCUACCAUUUAUUUCUCCUCUCAUUCCAAGUUCUCUCCCUACUCCAGAGCGGCGUCUUCUUCUCGGUCACCACCAAGAAAAAAACUGCCUGCUUCCUUGUUUCGCAAUUCAGAAUGGAAUCUCUACCUGAUGCCAUUGUCCAAUCUAUCUUCUCGUACAUGAACAAUGCUAAGGAUGUAGCUAUUUGCAAUUCGGUAUCGAAGAGCUGGAAGGACUCAUUGUGUUACAUCAGAAGCCUCUAUUUCCCUCGAAGCACGUUCGAUAACUACAAUGGUGUUGACCAUCCUGAUACUAUCGUCUGGAGAAUGGUGGCUGCUGUUGUUCAUCUGGAAGAGCUUGUUGUAUACUGCCCAUUUACCAGCAAAGGCCUGGCCUCUUGGCUGUUGCGUGCUGGGUCAUCACUCAGGCAGCUUGAGCUUAGAAUGGAUAACAUCGCUGAGUACCAACAAGGUUGCAGUGAGGCCCUGACCUCCAAGGUGGAUUGCCUUGGUUAUGCCAGGAAUCUCGAGUCCCUCAAGCUUUGGGGUGUCCUCAUGAUGAAUGCCCCCAAGUGGGAUGUUUUUCCAAAGCUUCAGAACCUUGAAGUCGUUGGAGCUAGGUUGGAGGAUUCUGCAUUGUCUUCUGCACUCCAGGCGUGCCCUAAUUUGAAAACGUUGGUGCUCCUUGGUUGUGAAGGCAGCAGGAACGUGUCUAUUGACUUGCCCCAUUUGCAGCAGUGCAAGCUCGACUUUUAUGGUGUGGGGAACUGCUCAAUCACCUUGAAUUCCCCAAAAGUUGAGGUGCUUGAGAUACAAGGCUGUAGUUGGAUUAGGGUUCGUGAGACCAAAUGCUUGAAGAAUCUUACCAUCUCCAACAGUGCAGGGAGAGUAUACAUGGUUGACUUUGGCAAACUCAUGGCGCUUGAGUCCUUAACUAUGAGAGGGAUCCAGUGGUGUUGGGAUGCCGUCAGAAAAAUGCUUGAAUGUGCAAGCGAGGUGAAACAGUUGUUCAUGAAGGUUGAGUUCACUGGGGACUUUGAUUCCCUUGAUCCUUUCCCGGAGGUUGAUCUUGUCGAUUUCUUCAAUAGCCAUCCAAAGCUGCAGAAGUUUGAUAUCCAUGGAGCCAUGUUUGCAUCUCUUUGUCACAAAAACAGUCUGAGAAAUCUCAACUCUAGAUUUGUAAUUCCUUCACUGGAGGAAGUGGUGGUGACUGUGAGGUCCCCAUUGAAAGCUGAACAAAAGAUCAACACUCUGGAGUCGCUGUUGAAGUACGGGAAGAACAUGAAGACAAUGGCGAUUAGGAUCCUUCAGAUGAAGAGCAGCCAUAGUUGUGCAGAUGAUUUCUUUGAUGAUAUUUGCAGGUUUCAACGCCUAAAUCGCAAGAUAGUUAGAAUAGAAUGAUGCAUUCCCAUUUGUUUAGUCUGAUUAAAAUCGUUCAUUGAGAGGGGGUGUCUUCAUCAUUUCUACCCUUUUAUCUUACUUUUAGAUUCACCAGAUUAGAACAGUUUUUCCCUACUGAGGGUUGAUUUUCUCUUCUGUUACUGUUUCUCAUUUCAUCAGAGGCCUGGGGGUUGGAAUCACUACUACUUUGCAGUGUAAUCUCUGUUGAACUAUGACAAAAUUCAGCUAGCUUUUCCCAUUUCAUAGCUUUUCAGAGUAUUCUCUGAGCAAUCCAACUUGAGGAACACAAGUGGUCGAUGACUAUGCCCAAAUGUGGAAGAAGUUGUCGAUGAUAUGAUAUGCCACUUUUAGCCGAUGCUCUGUUGAUGCUGCAGUUGCGCUGCCGCUGAUGCUGCUGCACCCUACUGCUGUUGGCCUUUGCUGCUGCCUUUAUGUUGCUGUUAUAUAUGUUGUUAUGCAUCUGUCUGCGCUGUUGAUAUGGUGUUUCUAGUGUCGUUAUGCUGCUGCUACAUUUAUUAGUACUGGGAACUGGGAAGUCCGUAUAGCAGCAGAGGAAGGUAGUUGAACAAAGUGAAGAAAGAUGGUGUAUUUUUCAUGUUUCUCCCAAUGAGGUUGCUGCGGC